AUGCCUCGGAUCCUGCAGCAGUUUGAGUUGGCGUGCGUGGUCAAGGUCGCGGUGGCGUCGUUCUUCUCGCUGGCGCUGACGCGAGCCGGGCAGGUCUACUUGUGGGGGCAAGAGGUGUCGGACGGCGCGCACGAGUCGUGGUACGGGCAUGAUCUGGAAGGUUAUCCGGCACAGCCCGAGGUGCUCCAAGGCGAUCUGGCUGACCUACGCAUCACCGAGAUUGCCACCUCCACUCCGGGUGGCAUGGGCACUCUCUGCGGCGUGGUGGCCGACGGCACAGCCUGGGUGUGGGCGUCCGAUGGCGAGGUUCAGGUCACAACCACCCGCAUCGAAGGAGUGACUUCAGUCAGUGUCAUCGUGCUGGGCGACGAGGUCGGGGCGGUGCUGACGAGCGACGGCGCGGUCUUUACCUUUGACGUCCGCGUCCUCGUCGACCCGUACGGCGGGCCAGCCGGCGCUGGGCCGCCUUCGAUCAUGGCAACGAGGGUCGAAACGCUGGUCGGCAAGUGCGUGGUGCAGCUUGCAGCUGGCUCGACGUAUCUGGCCGCGCUCGAUGCUGACCACAACAUGUACACCUGGGGCUCGCAGUCGCCGCACUCGAACGGCGGGUAUCUCGGGCAUGGCGCCAAGUACGUCGACCCGGAGCUUGACUCAGAGCCACGGCUUGUGGAAGCGCUUGCAGGCCGGGUCCGUGCCAUUUCUGCCGGCUGGAUCCACACCAUGGCGGUCGACGUCGAGGCACUCCAAGGCGUCGACGUCAUGGCAGUCUCCAACUCGCGCGGCAACGAGGCCGCCAUCUCGACCGACAACAAGGUCUACACCUGGGGCGGCCCGCGGUUCGGUGGCCAGUUCCACUCGGACACCCCGUCGCCGCUCACCAACUUUAUUCCGCUCUACCGCAACGGCGUGGCCCAGAUCCAGCAGAUUGCCUGCGGCCGGUUCCACACCGUCCUUGUCACCCGCGUCCGCCUCACCCUCGUCGAGCUUUGCCUCCGCCACAUUGCGUACAACGCCUCGCAUUUUGCCGACAACGAGAUCGACUACCUUCCUCUUGAGCUCCAGGACCUCCUCCAUCGGUUCUGCCUCGAUCGCCGACUCCCAACCCGUCGCCCGCUCACCGCCGAGGAGCGGGCCCAGAUCCGCGUCCGUCGCGAUGAGUUCUCGUUUUUCGAGGGCGCGUCGGAUCCUGAGUACGAGUACGCUUACGAGUACCCGUCGAGCGACGACGACAGCGGCGGCGAGGGCCCGGCCGACACCCGCACCCGCACCCGUGUCCGCACCCGGAUCGGUCGCCGCCGCAUGCGCCGGGGCCGAAACCAGAGACGCGGCGGCGGGGGCGGGGGUGGCAUCUCCAUCCAACAGCUGCUCUCCAUCGUCUCCCGCCACCCCAACCUCUCGCUCCAGGCGAACGGCGACGGCUCGGUCUCGCUCGUCAUGGCCGGGAGCGACGACGAAGGGAGCGACGGCGAGAAUGAUGAUGGAGGAGGCGGGUUGUUUGACAUUUUCCAGGCUUUUGCCGCGUCUGACGACGAACAAGGCAGCGAUCCUCCGUACGACCCGGACCUCAGCUCGGGGUCAUCCUCGUAG